ACCUGUAUUAGAUAAGCCUUACGUUUUAUCAUUCAAUGAAAUUAAACAAGCGGCUGAAAGAAUUGAAAACGGUAUAAUUCAUACACCUCUUUGCGAAGCAAAAAUUUGCAAAUUUAUGGACUACAAUAUCUAUUUAAAAUGUGAUAACCUGCAAUACACGGGAAGCUGUGCAGAACGUGGAAUUCGAAAUGCUUUUGUUGCACAAAAUGAAGAAAUGAGAGAAAGAGGAGUUAUUGUCCCGUCGAAUGGUAAUAUGGCGUUGGCAGCUGCCUAUCAUGGUGGAACGUUAGGAAUACCGGUAACUGUUGUAUUACCUGAGCAUUGCCCACCAUCGCAAUCACAACGUUGUGCUGAGCUGGGCGCAGAUGUAGUGAUGCUUGGUGAAACGUUUGAAGAUACUGUAAAUUAUGCUAAGAAAGCUAAUCGUGAAGAACGUCAAAUAAUACUAAGGUCAGAUGAUCCAUUAGUGAUGGCGGGGCUAGGUACAUUAGGCGUGGAAAUCAUCACGCAGCUUCCGGAAACAGACGCCGUCAUUGUGCCGGUCGCUACCGGCGCUUUGCUCGCUGCUACACUUGUUGCCUGCAAGAAGCUUAAGUGCACUUGUCUUAUUUAUGGUGCAGAGUGCUCAAAAGUACCAAAGAUGAUGAAAGCCCUACAAGCAGGACAGCCGGUGCCAGUACCGGUGGUACCAAAUCUUGCACAGGGUUUGAACGCUUCCAUCGUUGGAGAUAAUGCUUUUGCUACUAUCAAAGGAAGAUUAGAUAGAAUGUUGGUGGUGGAUGAAGCAUAUAUUGCUCGGGCUGUGAUAAGUCUCCUUGAACGUGAGCGACUUGUAGCUGACGGUGCUGGGGUUUGUGCAUUAGCAGCAGUUAUGCAGGGGCUCGUGCCAGAGUUAAGAGGAAAACGUGCAGUAUGUAUAAUCAGCGGCGGUAAUAUAGACUCAGGAAAAUUAUCACGCACGAUUCAACGAGGGCUCGGUGUGAGCGGUAGGAUGAUGCGCUUCGCGGUAGCGCUUCCUGACCACUGCCGAGGCUUGGAGGUGCUCGCUAAGACGAUUGCUGAGGAGCGCGCUGUGCUAAAGAGUUUGGUCACUGAACAAAUGUGGGUUCAUACCGAUGUCGGGAUUACUUGGGCUAAUGUAGUUGUUGAGACUGCAAAUGAAGAACAUGCUACUAUCUUUAAGGAUCGCCUGCGCGAUCUCUAUCCUACAAUUAGAUUUGCUAUGGUAGAUAUUGAUGAUAAGCACAAAGCUGGAUUACGAUGAAAUUAAAAUUAUAUUUGAACA